AUGAAGUCAUUAAUCAGGCUUGUGAAUGUGAACGAGAAGAACUUAGAAGGUAAGACGGCAUUGGAUAUCCUAAAACCUGGAAAUGUUGAAGCAAGGGAAAUUUUAAUGAGCGCAGGAGCUAGAGAUGGUUCAUCACUUGUCGAUGAUUCUAACACUACUGAAAAUUACUUGAAGUCAAAUUUAACGUGGAAAGAUCUUAUUAUCAGAUUUGGUGCUUACCUGGAUUUCGUCGCUCUCACUCCCCCUUUAGGGAUUUCUGACAUUGAUACCACUCCUGUUUUUCCCAGCAUCACUUCUGUCUAUAAUGCUACUACUUCAACCAAUUCCACUAGCACCAACUUCUACAACAAAGCCACAAGAAUUGCAAAAAUAAAUAUAUUUUUCAACACAAUCGCCUUUGGACUUGCAAUGGGAACGUGUUUUAUACUUGUGGUUGAUCCACUCCAAUUGUUUCUCUUCCUACCUCUUUUGCUAUUUUCGGCAAGCUAUGCAGCUUUGGCAUAUGGAAUAUACCCAGGUACAGAAGCUUUUUUUCUUCCGUUUGCGGCGGGGUCAUUAAUCCUACUGCCUUUCUCAACGAUAAUUCCCUGGAAGAUGAUACUACUCAAAGGGCUAAUAAAGGGUGGAGAAAACUACUCCAACAACUACAUUGACGAGGUGAAGUAUCUCAUAUUUGGUAACAUUUAA